UUCAUCGAUCGCUUUUCUUUCAAUCCUUUGUAUACGUUUUACAAACAUCUUUUUAGUGUCGACAAUGUUGGUUAAAAUUUUGGUUUUUACAUUUGUUAUAACAUAUGUUACAGCGGCAAUACCUUCGUAUAUACACGUAUGCGGACGCAAAGAUCCGAAUAUCGAUAAAUGCGUUGUGAACAGUAUUGAUUACUUGAGAAGUAAAAUAUGCGAAGGGAUCCCGGAAAUGAAUGUAACACCAUUACGAUUAUUUCAUGUCUCCAAACUAAUCAUUUCCGAAACAGACAAUAUUAAAUUAUAUCUCAAGGAUAUGCAAAUAUUAAACCUUUGCAAUUUUGUUAUAAACGAUUUUCAUAUAGAUCUCGACAAAAAAUAUUUUGAUAUACAAAUAUUAUUUAAGGAUAUAUUUGUGAACGCCACAUACGAUUUUGACAUACGUGUGCUGGUGCCUAUUACUACCACGGGAUACCUUUCUCUUUCAGCAGAAUAUGUAGAUGCGGAUGCAGACGGAGAAAUAAAAAUAGUAAAGAAAAAUGACAAAAAACACAUAUAUGUAUCAAAAUUGACUAUAAAUCUCAUCCCAAAAAAUUUUAAUUUUAAAUUUGAAAACAAUGAAUCAGACCAGAUGCAAGAAAUUAUUGCGAAUUUUAUAGGCAGUAAUAAGCAAGAGGUUCUUGCAACCAUAAAACCGCCGAUAGAAAAAGCACUUUCUGAAACAAUUAUUUCAAUGGCUAACAACAUUGUUAAACAUUUCACGUAUGAUGAACUUCUCCCUGAUCGAACGUAAAUCGUAAAUAACAUGGAAGCAAUAACAAGCACUAGAAGGCAACGACGUAUUUGAUGCUGGAAUAUUUUUAUUUCUCGAACACUCGCACAAAACUUUUGUACACCAAAUUUAUCGUUUAAGGAUUGCCAAAUGCGAAUGCGGGCGAGUCUGGAGCCCUUCUUCGACCUAUUUUCUACUGCUUGUGCGUUUUCUAUCUAUUGAUUGUGAGCCUCUUUGUAGAUGCGACUAAACGAACAGGAUCCAUCCUGCAAAUUUGAAUAUAAUUUAUCGCAGACAACGUUAUCUUUUAUUAUUCGCUUUCUGAUAUCGAAAGAUAUCUACCUUUGAUUCCUUAUUGUUCUACAUAGAAUCAAAAAUGAAAUGUUUUGCUAUGUCACAAAUUAUACAAGCGCAUAUGACAUAGAAGUUUAAUUUUGUAUAAAUUUCUUUAGAGAAUUAGAAAUAAUUAUAGAAAAUAAAAAAAUAUAGAAAUAAAAACUAGAAAAUAUUAAUUAUGAUGUGUAAAUAUGUAUGUGAAAUUAUUAGUUUAAUAAUUUCCGAGAAUAUAUCGUACAUAUAUUGAAAAUACACGAAUGCGCGCAUCGAAGAAUUGUGCAGCGUAGACACAGGCGAAGUCCGGUCAAAGUGGACUGCAAAAAUGCAAGUAAUUUUUGGAAAACGGGGCUGUUGCUAAAACGUGCCCUCUAUUCGAUUCCUAAGAAGAAUGUAAAAACACCGUCGCAAGGCUCUAGUAAAUAGAUUAUAAAUAAAUAACAUGUAUCAUUGGAAUAUAUAAUCAUUAUUAUGUAAUAGCUUUUUGAUUGCAAAAUACAAAGACAGAAAAAGAUCA